UGUACCCUGCACUGGGCUGCUGGGCCUCAGUUGGCGUAAGAUAGCGGAGAAGAAGCUUCGGAGGGGUUUGGGAAUUUAUAUAGUAAAGUAGAAUUCUAUAGACUUCUAGCUACACGUCUCUGCAAGCUAGCGUCUCAAUGGAGGGGCACCCUUGUGCCGGAUGAUCGUCCGAGCUGCUUUUUGUAGCAGGAUACAGAGCUGAAGCUCAUAAUCUCUGCUUAAGUUUCAUCUCUGGAGUCCAACAUUCCUUUUCUGGGACAACAUGUCUGGGGCUUCAGUGAAAGUUGCUGUCCGAGUCCGUCCCUUUAAUUCUCGGGAGCUCGGCAAGGAAUCCAAGUGCAUCAUUCAGAUGCAAGGCAACUCAACCAGUAUUAUUAAUCCAAAGAAUCCUAAGGAAGCUGCCAAAAGUUUUAGCUUUGACUACUCUUAUUGGUCUCAUACUUCGCAAGAUGACCCUUGCUUUGCAUCCCAAAGUCUUGUGUAUAAUGAUAUUGGAAAAGAAAUGCUUGCACAUGCCUUUGAAGGCUACAAUGUAUGCAUAUUUGCCUAUGGACAGACAGGAGCUGGUAAAUCAUACACCAUGAUGGGUAAACAAGAAGAGACACAAGCUGGCAUCAUCCCACAGCUCUGUGAGGAUCUUUUUGAAAAAAUAAACGAUAACAACAGUGAUGACGUUUCUUUUUCUGUAGAGGUGAGCUACAUGGAAAUAUACUGUGAGCGUGUUAGAGACCUGCUGAACCCCAAAAACAAAGGCAACUUGCGGGUCAGGGAGCACCCACUAUUAGGGCCCUAUGUGGAGGACCUUUCCAAAUUGGCUGUUACCUCUUAUACCGAUAUUGCUGAUCUUAUGGAUGCAGGCAAUAAAGCUAGGACGGUAGCUGCUACCAACAUGAAUGAGACCAGCAGCCGCUCCCAUGCAGUAUUCACUAUUGUGUUUACUCAAAAGAGACUAGAUAUAGAGACAGACCUCUCCACAGAAAAGGUUAGCAAGAUUAGCUUGGUGGAUUUGGCAGGAAGUGAGAGAGCUGAUUCAACUGGAGCAAAGGGUACUCGUCUAAAGGAAGGAGCAAAUAUCAAUAAGUCACUGACAACCCUAGGAAAAGUUAUAUCUGCUCUCGCAGAAGUGGAUAACUGCACCAGCAAGAGUAAGAAGAAGAAGAAAACAGACUUCAUUCCAUAUCGGGAUUCUGUACUAACAUGGCUGCUUCGUGAGAAUCUAGGUGGAAAUUCCCGGACCGCAAUGGUUGCAGCUCUGAGUCCUGCUGAUAUAAACUAUGAUGAGACUCUGAGUACAUUAAGAUAUGCAGAUCGUGCUAAACAGAUUAAGUGCAAUGCUAUUAUCAAUGAAGAUCCCAAUGCCAAACUUGUUCGUGAACUAAAAGAUGAAGUAACCAGGCUUAAAGAGCUCUUGCAUGCUCAGGGGUUGGGCGAUAUCCUUGAUACUCUUCCUUCUGUUGGGUGCUUUCCUAUCUCAGAUUUGAAUGAGAAUAAGAACCUUAAGAAUAAAUACUUAUUAGCCAAUGAGAACCAACGACCUGGCAAUUUUUCUACAGCCACUAUGAGUUCUCUUGCAUCUUCCCCAUCCUCCUGUUCACUCAGUAGUCAGGUGGGAUUGACAUCUGUUACCAGCAUCCAGGAAAGAAUCAUGUCUACCCCAGGAGGAGAGGAGGCUAUAGAGAGACUUAAAGAGUCUGAAAAAAUAAUUGCAGAGCUAAAUGAGACAUGGGAAGAGAAACUGCGAAAAACAGAGGCUAUUAGAAUGGAAAGGGAGGCUUUGCUUGCAGAAAUGGGAGUGGCUAUUCGUGAGGAUGGUGGAACCUUGGGAGUUUUCUCACCCAAAAAGACUCCCCAUCUUGUCAAUCUUAAUGAAGAUCCACUAAUGUCUGAAUGCCUUCUUUACUACAUUAAAGAUGGACUAACAAGGGUCGGUCAGGCAGAUGCUGAUAGUCACCAGGAUAUUGUUCUAAGUGGAGCUCAUAUUAAAGAGGAACACUGCAUAUUCCGUAGCGAGAGAAAUUCAAAUGGGGAAGUAAUAGUAACUUUGGAGCCCUGUGAGAGUUCAGAAACGUAUGUUAAUGGAAAACGGGUAGUACUUCCAGUGGUGUUGCGUUCUGGAAAUCGAAUAAUCAUGGGGAAAAACCACGUAUUUCGUUUUAACCACCCUGAGCAAGCCCGUGCAGAACGGGAGAAAACGCCUUCUGCAGAGACACCCUCAGAACCAGUGGACUGGACUUUUGCUCAACGAGAGUUGUUGGAGAAACAGGGCAUUGAUAUGAAGCAGGAAAUGGAGAAAAGGCUCCACGAAAUGGAAAUUUUGUACAGGAAAGAAAAGGAAGAGGCAGAUCUCCUUUUGGAGCAGCAAAGACUGGACUAUGAGAGCAAACUGCAAGCUCUGCAGAAACAAGUGGAGACUCACUCACUGGCAGCAGAGACCACAGAAGAUGUGGAAGAAGAAGAAGAAGAAGAGGAAGUUCCAUGGACACAGCAUGAAUAUGAUUUGGCACUGUGGGCAUUUAAGAAGUGGAGAAAUCACCAGUUCACCUCGUUGCGGGAUUUGCUUUGGGGGAAUGCCAUGUAUCUGAAAGAAGCCAAUGCAAUAAGUGUAGAACUGAAGAAAAAGGUGCAGUUUCAGUUUGUGCUGCUUACAGAUACUCUGUACUCCCCACUGCCACCAGAGUUACUUCCGUCUGAUGCUGAGAAAACCCCAGAAGACAGGACUUUCCCCCGUACUGUGGUUGCAGUUGAGGUGCAAGAUUUGAAAAAUGGGGCAACUCACUACUGGUCAAUGGAGAAACUGAGGUUAAGAUUAGAGCAGAUGCGGGAAAUGUAUGACCGUGCAGGAGAAAUGGCUUCCCAUGUGCAAGAUGAAAGUGACACAGUAAUAACUGGAAAUGACCCAUUUUACGAUCGCUUCCAUUGGUUCAAGCUAGUUGGGAGUUCUCCCAUAUUCCACGGCUGUGUGAAUGAGCGGCUGGCAGACCGUACCCCGUCCCCCACCUUCUCCACUGCAGACUCCGAUAUCACAGAGUUAGCUGAUGAGCAGCAGGACCAGAUGGAAGACUUUGACGAUGAGCCAUUUGUGGACGACACUGGCUCUGAUGUUGGUGCAGAGGAAGGAUCCGAUCUAUUCAGCGAUGGCCAUGACCCAUUUUACGACCGGUCCCCAUGGUUCAUUUUAGUAGGAAGGGCAUUCGUUUAUCUAAGCAACUUGCUUUUCCCAGUUCCCCUUGUGCAUCGAGCAGCUAUAGUAAGUGAGAAAGGAGAAGUACGUGGGUUUUUGCGUGUUGCUGUACAAGCAAUAUCUGGUGACGAGGAAGCACCUGACUAUGGUUCUGGCAUCAGACAAUCAGGAACAGCAAAGAUCUCAUUUGAUAAUGACUACAUCAACAAGAAUGAAAUUUCUUCUAUGGUUUUGACUCGUUCCGGACUGUCACUAGAAGAACUACGUAUUGUGGAAGGUCAAGGACAGAACCCUGACAUCAUUACUCCACUAGAAGAGAUCAAUCAUUUAGCUGAUUUAGACCUGAAGUCUGGAAACCUGUUGGAUGGAAAAAUGAUGAUCGAAGGAUUCUCGGAGGAUAUAGGAGAGCAUCUGAAAAUUGGCAGCGUGUUCACUUUCCGUGUGACAGUGCUUCAAGCCAGUGGAAUUCCUCCAGAAUAUGCUGAUAUCUUCUGCCAAUUUAACUUUUUACAUCGGCAUGAUGAAGCAUUUUCUACAGAGCCACUGAAGAACAGUGGCAGAGGAAAUUCUCUUGGCUUCUACCAUGUUCAGAACAUUGCAGUGGAAGUUACAGAAUCUUUUAUAGAAUACAUUAAAAACAACCCUAUUGUAUUUGAAGUGUUUGGGCAUUACCAGCAGCACCCUUUCCACCUUCAAGGACAAGAUCUCAGCCCGCCUCAGCAGUCCCGACGUUACUUUCCUCCUCCAAUGCCUCUUUCUAAGCCAGUUCCAGCCACUAAAUUACACCCUCUAAGCAAGCAAAGUCUUGGACAGGUUAUCACCAAAUAUGACUUGUUAGUCUGGUUUGAGAUCAGUGAACUGGAGCCUACUGGAGAGUACAUUCCAGCUGUUGUAGAUCAUUCUGGAGGACUGCCCUGCCAGGGAACCUUCUUGCUUCAUCAGGGGAUCCAGCGCAGAAUUACUGUCACAAUUAUCCAUGAAAAAGGGAAUGAGUUGCACUGGAAGGAUGUGAGAGAAUUGGUUGUAGGACGCGUUCGCAAUAAAGCUGAUGAAGCUGCCGCAGAUGCUGUUCUGUCGUUAAAUAUCAUCUCUGCAAAAUAUCUCAGAUCUUCUCAUAGCUCUGGCAGAACUUUUUAUCGCUUCGAAGCAGUGUGGGACAGCUCCUUGCAUAAUUCCCUGCUCCUGAACAGGGUGACUCCAUAUGGAGAGAAGAUCUAUAUGACCUUAUCAGCGUAUCUUGAGCUUGAUCACUGUAUCCAGCCAGCAGUUAUUACAAAGGAUGUCUGUAUGAUCUUUUACUCCCGUGAUGCCAAAAUAUCUCCUCCACGAUCUCUGCGCAGUCUCUUUGGCAGUGGUUACUCAAAAUCCCCUGACUGUAAUAGAGUAACUGGAAUAUAUGAGUUGAGUCUGUGCAAAAUGUCUGAUACAGGCAGUCCUGGAAUGCAACGAAGAAAAAGAAAGAUUCUCGAUACAUCAGUGGCAUAUGUCCGUGGUGAAGAGAAUCUUGCAGGCUGGAGACCUCGAGGUGAUAGUCUAAUACUAGAACAUCAAUGGGAACUAGAAAAGAUGGAGCAAUUGCAUGAGGUUGAGAAAACAAGGCACCUCCUUUUACUUAGAGAUAAACUAGGUGACAGUAUACCUAAGUCCCUAAGUGAAUCUCUCUCUCCAAGCUUGAGCAGUGGCACCCUCAGCACAUCGACCAGUAUUUCGUCGCAGAUAUCCACCACAACUUUUGAAAGUGCCAUCACACCUAGUGAAAGCAGUGGAUAUGACUCCACUGAUGUUGAGAGUCUUGUGGACCGUGAGAAAGAGCUAGCAACCAAGUGUUUGCGACUUCUGACUCACACAUUUAACCAAGAGCUUACCCAGGUGUGUAACAGUAUCAGUGACUGUAAGUUGUCCGAUAUCUCGCCAAUUGGAAGGGAUCCCUCUGUGUCCAGCUUUAGCAGUGCUACUCUCACUCCUUCAUCAACUUGUCCAUCACUAGCAGAUUCUCGAUGCAGCUCUGUGGAUCAGAAGACCCCUGAAGCAAAUUCACGUGCCUCCAGCCCUUGCACAGAAUUUGAGCAGUUCCAUUUGGUACCAGCCGUGGAAAGGUCAUUUUUGGCUCGUGCAGGGAAGAAUGAGUUUCUAAAUCUUGUACCAGAUAUUGAAGAGAUUCGCCCAGGAUCUGUGGUCUCAAAGAAAGGUUACUUGAACUUCAAAGAACCUCUGUCUCAUUCCUGGGUCAAGCAUUUUGUUGUUGUGCGCCGUCCAUAUGUCUUCAUCUACAACAGUGACAAGGACCCAGUAGAGAGGGGCCUCAUUAACUUAUCCACUGCACAGGUGGAGUACAGUGAAGAUCAGCAAGCCAUGGUUAAGGGCCCAAACAUAUUUGCUGUAUGCACAAUGUACCGAGGGAUCCUUCUGCAGGCUGUUAAUGAUAAAGAUAUGAAUGAUUGGUUGUAUGCCUUUAAUCCUCUGCUUGCUGGCACAAUAAGGUCAAAACUGGCAAGGCGUCGUUCUCUUUCCUUGAAGUACUGACAUGGUUUGUCUUUCCCAACCUUGUGAUAAUUGAGAGUUUCUUGUCUGUAAACCUGUGGCUUGACCCCAGCUCCUCUUUCCUUCUGCGCUAAAACAUUCUCCACCUUGCAGCAUGUGGACAAAUAUAUGUAAGAAAGAGCAGAGAGAAACAAUACUGAGAAUCUUCUUGGCUUCUGGACAUGUGCUUUCUUUUCCAGCUGUUUCUAGUGUCCAUAGUGUAAUGCAUCUGUCAGAAAUGCUUUGUUCUUUUUUUUAUUUGUUUUGUUUUUCUAAUUUGUGGGUGUAUGUCUAAUUUAACUGAAAACUCUUACGCUCCUUAAAUCAGCUCUUUAACUACAGUUUUCCUAGAUAUGCUGCUAUCACCUCUAGUGGAGCGUAGUCUCUUCUCGAGCCAUGGCACUUGUCAUGCCUGGGCCUGCACUGUGAAUACCAAGGCUGAGAUUUCCUACAGUAGGCUGAGGUUGGAGAAUUUAGGGCAUUACACUAUGAUUUAUGUUUUACUCUUUGCAUCUCUCUGAACUUUCCUGCUCUUGCUGAGAUUUGUGGCUAUGUACGGCAGCCAUAUACUUCAGUAGCUGUUCAGACUGGAUGUGCAUUCCAAUAUGUUUUCAUGUAGUGUUUGCUUAAAUGCUCAUGGAUUUGUGUGCAUGUUUUUGGAUGCAUUGCAAAGGAAGGGCAUCAGAACAAAUAACCCAGAUAAUGGGUACUUCUGAAAAUCUAGAAUCAUUUUAUUUAGAAUCUAAAGGAGACUACAGGUAAAUGGUAUUUGGUUCUGUUAUGGCAUUGGCUUAUUUGCUGCCAGGGUCACUGAAAUUCAGCUGAAAGCAGCUAAAUGCUCCUUUAAAUAUGAUUGCUACUUUGAAAGUCGCGCAUUGCUGUAAGGCCGAGAUAUCGGGCUCUCGUCUAACUAAAAAUGCUGCAAAAAUCCAUGAGUUUAACAACAGUAAUUAACAGUAAAAUUAACAGUAAGGAUCUGACCCAAAUUGUUUUACAUGUGCAACCCUGAAGUUUAGCAAGUUCACCUAUAAAAUACAUUUAAUGUUAUGACACAUUCCUUUAAAAGUAAAGAAAGCAAAUCAGCAUCAAAUAGAGGAUUAAUAGACAUUUGCCAUCUUAUGUUUGUAGCAGGUGGAAUCAUGCUGCUGCCUGCAAAAGCUCCCCCGUUCAGCCACAGCACAGUUACAUAAUAACUACUUCUGUGUAAAACAUGCACUAAACUUACUUUAUUUGUAUUAAAUUAAUGUAACAUGAUAUUCAUACAGUAGGGGUUUCCCAAGCAUCUUUUAGUGUGUGACUGAUUCUACAGUAAUAUUUUGCCUUGCACUGCUGAUCUCCUUGUACUCUAUAAUUUUCUAUACUUGCCUCCAUGCCCUCCUGUGAGUCUGAUAGUUAUCUUACAAGGAGUCAGCAUUGGAGUUACGUUGACUUAAUUUUUUUUAUCAUUUGGGCUUCACCGGAGGAGAGUAAAUAUUUUGUUUGGUUUAUAAUAAAAUAAAUUAAAUUUAGUAUAAUAAUGGCCUUCUCCAGGAGAGUUAUAAUGACCAUUGUACAUGGGGAGAUUGUCAGUGUUUUGAAGUCUCAGUGGGGCAGUUGGCGCAACACUCACCAUUGCCCCCUACGUUGUUAAUUGGGCCUUGCGAGUGAUAGUGCAGGUCAGGCGAAUAUUGGCUGAAAAGUUAGCAUUUCAUUUCCAUCAGUAAUUGCCCAAAAUCGAAGAUUACAUUGGAGAAACAUAUGCUCAUAAUUACACUAAUGCAGAUUGGCCCCCCAAACCCCUAAGACUCCUAAUUACACUGAUAUGUGGCAGACUUUACCACUUAAGUCAAUUCAACUCUAAUACUAUGCUUGACAAAUUAAAGUGACAAAUUAUAUAUAUUUGAAAAUGUAAAAAAGCACUCCAUAACAUUUUCCAUGCACACAAUUUGUUUUGAUAAAUUUGUCCCCUCUGUAUUUUACUGAUUGUAGGUAUCAAAUCUGGUUUCACAUAUGUUUGUAGUUUCCAUUAAAGAUAUAUUCAAAGCUUGUUUCUGAACAGAAUUGGCACAAUACCAUCUCAAAGUUAUUGCAGUGCAUAAAGCAGCUGAAUUCUGUCCAAUCCUGCACUCACAGCCAGCCAGCUCUGAGAUGCUUUUAUGGAGCUCUCAUGCCGUGGGCCAACUAACUCACUGAGCACGAGGCAAUGGCCAGAAAUAUCAGUUGCUACUAAUUACACUCAAGAUUUACCCUUUCUCAGUAUAUUGCAAUAACUGUGGGAAAUAAUUUCUUGUGUAUUUUUAAUUCAAACAAUGGUGUAUUACAGGAAACCAUGAAUGCUGGGAAAACAUAAAAUUCAGAGACGUAAAAUUGGAUUGCUGCCAUGCACAAAAAAACCAAAGUCAUUUGUUCUACAAUUCCUGAAAGCUGAAUUUGUCAGCCGUCUAAUUGAUUUUAUUGGUAAAUGAUGUACAGACAGUUGGGAAAAUAUUACAUUUUACAAACUGCAGAAAAUACAGUCUGCCGAUUUAACAUAAUUUGCUCAUAUCUGUUAUUUGAAACAAAACUACUGAAAUAAUUAUGGUCACUACACUAGGGCACUGAUUUACUGAUACACAAUUCAUUCUUCACAAGUUCAGGCAUAAUUAAACUGAACUGGAUAACACUGUGUGAAAUGCUAUCUUUUUCAGAUAUAACUACCAUAAUUUGAUUUUGUGUCAGGUCGUCAAGAAACAAAAAGCCCUUAAUAAAGUAACUUUGAAAUUAAACACGAAACACAAAUAAAAAAUGUAAAAAAAAAAAAUCCAUACCUGUUAAAAAUCUCAUCUGUCAGACAUAUUUGGCUUCCCCGCCUCCAUACCUGGGGCACAGCAAUUACUCUAAUUUCUGAACUUCCUAGAUGUCACUGCACUCCUGACAUGCUGCUACCUCUUCACUGUCUGUUACUGUGUAGCCUGUGCCUGGUUAUGGGCAUUAGGUCCUGCUUUCUGGUGCAUACAUGAGAUUUUGGCAUGAUGCAAAGCUUGCUGGAUAACAGUUUUCACAAAAUGGCUGCUGCCUGUAUGCUCUAAUUGUGAAUUCCAACAGAAGAUUUAAAUAACUUAUAUUGUGUAAGUAAAAAUUAUUUUUCUCAACUAACAUGAUAAAAUAGAAUUUGGAAUUAUUUCUUAGGUUGAUAGGUCCCCUUUAACUUUCUUAAAGAGAUACCUAGAACAUUGAAAUAAUGUUCUAAGUCAACUGACAUUGAAAUAAAAAUGAGAUACUUAGAACAUUGAAAUAAUGUUCUAAGUCAACCGCCAUUGAAAUAAAAAAGUCCAGGGGGGUCAGUGAGUGCCUUUCUAAGCCUUAGACCCAGGACAUGGAACCUUGUCUCUAAACCUAGCAAUGUUCUGCACCAAAUCCAGAACUUGUUCAAAUAAUGAAUCUUCCACAAAAGACAGGAUACGUAAUCUAAUCCAAUAUCUAUGAAAUUCAAAGUUCAUGAAUAGCAGAAGAUACAUCACGUGAAAAAGAAUUCUCAUAUACAGUUGGCCAGACCUUUCAAGUCACACGACUUAAAGGGUUCUGAUUUGCUUUUGCUUAACACUAAGACACUUAAGGAAAUUACAGGUUCUCAUUUGCAGAUGCAAUUAUUGUGAUUACAUUUUUUGUAAAAAAAAGUUGCUUACAAAACAAAAUUACUGUUCCAUAUAUUUUAAAUUAGGCUGAAAAGCUCAACUGUUUUGUAAAAAACAAAGUUGCUUGCAAUCCCUAUUUACUUUAUUUACCUAUAGAACAUCAGCACAAGUUUUUUCAUGCAAAUAUUCUGGAUUUAUUUUUCUUUAAUCACAACUAUUCAAAUUAAAAAAAUCAAACUCAAGUAUAUUUGCGAUUGCAUUUUUGCACUUGCAGAAAAAAGACAUCUUGAAAUUAGUCCCUUAAUAUUUAGCCCAGCCCAAAAAAUGCUGAGAUCCUGCUAAAUACUGAAGUAAAGUCUGGAUUUAGUGCAAUUCCUAAUCUGGGGUGCCUCAUCUUUUAUGAGCUGGCCUACAAAGCAGCCCAUGAUUUGUAAUCACUGUAUGUUCCCAGAUCCCAUUCUUUGUUGCCUCUAUAUGAUUCACUUGAAUGUAUUUUACAAUAUAUUGGGUGUGAGUUUGGUGUUUUCAAUUAUUGAAAAGCACUAUCAAGCUGUUUACAUCUGGAAUGUAACCAUAUUAGUGCUUUCUUGUUUACAUAAUUUGUUGGCAUGAUUAACUAUAUUUUUGUUUUGGGACUGAGUGUACAACUACAUGUUUUUAAAUAACCAUAAUACAAUGUCUGUCUGUGUCUAUACUAAAGUAUAAACAAUAGUUCUGCAUGUUGAUGGUAUUGUUUAGCUGUUUAAUUUUUAGUGAAUGACACUGAGUUAUCAGCUCCAAGAAGAAAGGUAUCAAAGUUCACCAACAUAAAACAAUUUUUAAAUGCAGGUAGACAGCACUGCAAGUCAUGCUCACUUCAGGCCUUACAGUAUUUUUAGGUUGUUAUAACAGAAUUAAAACACAUUAAAUGAUAUGCAAGUUAAAUUAAACAUUAAGCUUAAAGACAAGUAAAGCUCAUAUGCUAAAAUUACAUUUCCUCUGAAGCGUUAUUAUGAACAAUUCCUAUUUCGGUUGUACAAUAAUUUUAACCCUAGUGUUGGGUACACCCAUACACUAGCGUCAGACUUUGGGGGUCCUGGGCCCACCGGGCUCCUGCAUCGGGGUCCACCCCAGGCCCACUGCCCUAUGGCCCCCUCACUCCGCAUGUCACAUACCUUCUCUCCUUGGAGCUGUGAUUGGGACCAGGGGUGGGAGGUCAGGAGGCAGGCAGGCUGGGUUGGUGGAGCCCACUGGGUUUUUUCCUGGUGGCCCAGUCUGACCCUGGAUAUGCAAUUAUUUAGUGUCAGUGUUGGCCAAACAGGGGUAACCAACAAAAACUUGUAUUUUGGCAUAUCAACAGUUUCCUUUGCCAUUACUGUUUUAUUAGCUCUUUGUAGACCAGCGAUUUAAUAUUUAUUUUGAUCCCUUACUAAUAUUUUAGAUGUUUUUAGCAAACCAUUCCAGCAGGGAAGAGGCUAUGAACAUUCUUGAAAUUUUUAGAUGCUGCAUCUGAGAAAAUAUAACAAAAGUGAAGGAGACAUUUUAAAUAUAUUAUGUUUACUUAAGUUAUAGACUAGUUUUGUUCAUACAUUCUUGUAGGAUUUUGCAAUUAUUUUAAGCUGAAUACCAUUUUUGCUUUGUACAAUUAAAUGCACACCUCUGACACCAUGCAGUCAUUAAAUAAGUUAUGUUUACAUAUCCGAAGACUAAAUAUGCUUUUUGCAUCUUGCAAUGCUUAAAAGUGGACCAAAGUGAUAUUCAGAUGGUAACAUUCCUAAAAAAUUGUUCUUGCAAGAGCUGAAUGUUUUUGUUUGUUGCAAAAUGUUUUAAUAUGUUUACAUAAAUCCCUGUUACACUAAGCAAGAUGCAGCAGCGAUUUUUUGUUUUUAAUGUAUGGGCUAUUUCUGUAACCUCAUUCAACUGAUAAAAUAUAUUACUUUGGUUAAAGAAGUUAAUAGAUUCAAUUAUAUACUCACAGAUUGACUUAAAUAACUGAAGUCUUUAUCAACCGUCACCUAGACUGCUAACUGAAUAAUGUCUCAUGUGUCAGGGAAUUGUUCAAUGUUAUGGAAGACUACUUUGAGACACCAUGGACUAAAAAAACACUAUGACUUCCAUACUUGAGAAAAGUGAGAAACAUGAUUAAUUCUAAAAAUGUAACUAAUAAAUGCUGAGUUAUUAUGAAAACAAAUGCCCAUUUUAUCUCUCAUUUCCAUGUUUUAUUUUGUAAAUAUAAUCAGGUGUGUCAACUCGAGUAUACAAAAUGUAAAUAUCUCAUGUAUUUGUAAUAAUUCUGAUUCAUUUGCUGUAUAGCCUAGAUGUGCAAUGCAAAUAUAUUUAACUCUGUGUAUGGUGAACUUGCACCACUGAAAACUUGUUAGUGAUAAAAAUCUAACAAUAAAGGUACAACCAGUGCAUUAGCAA